CGGAGCUUGCACAGUGGUUGGGACACGGGGCGGGGCCUCAGUGGGAGCCGGCCGAGGAGCCAGCCCGAGCCACUGGCCCAUGCGUGAGACGCGGCCUGGCGGUGGGCCCAUCCUGGAGUGGAGUUUUCUCUGAGGGGCCACUCAUGAGCAGGGCUGGACCAGGAGGGGGCGGGGCCUGUGCUGGUUGGGUGAGAGGGGGAGGAGGCGCGGCCUAGUGCCGUGGUGGGCGCCGUUGGUUGGUGCGAGGCGGAGGGGCGUGACACAGGAAGCGCCGUUGGUUGGUGCGUGGCUGAGAGGUGUGGCGUGAGCAGCGCAGUUGGUUGGCCGGCGGCGGGCGGGACGGGCAUGGCCCUGUUGCUGUGCCUGGUGGUCAUGACGGUGGCGCUGGCCCACGGCUGCCUGCACUGCCACAGCAACUUCUCCGAGAAGUUCUCCUUCUACCGCCACCAUGUGAACCUCAAGUCUUGGUGGGUGGGCGACAUCCCCGUGUCUGGGGUGUUGCUCACCGACUGGAGCGACGACACGAUGAAGGAACUGCACCUGGCCAUCCCCGCCGAGAUCACCAGGGAGAAGCUGGACCAAGUGGCGAGAGCCGUGUACCAGAGGAUGGAUCAGCUAUACCAGGGGAAGAUGUACUUCCCGGGGUAUUUCCCCAAUAAGCUGCGCAACAUCUUCCGGGAGCAGGUGCACCUCCUCCAGAACGCCAUCAUCGAAAGCCAAAUCGACUGUCAGCGCCACUGUGGCAUCUUCCAGUACGAGACCGUCUCCUGCAGCAACUGCACAGACUCACACGUCAUCUGCUUUGGCUAUAACUGCAAGUCCUCGGAGCAGUGGGAAUCAGCGGUCCAGGGCCUCUUGAACUACAUACAGGACACAAGCAUGAGGUAAGGCCGUGCUGGCCUGGCCUUCAGGGGGCAGAGGGCUCACAGAGCCACCCCAGCCUUGUGAGUGACCCAGAGAAGGGAGGCCUUGGGAGAAGGGGUGCAUCUAAGUCAACAGCAGUGUGCCGGGGCCCCCACACCCUUCUGAAGUCCCAGGCACACAGGCAUCGUGGACGUGGCCACACACAGGACCACACGUCCCAGCUGGGAGGAGACCUGGGGCCCCCCAGCAAAGACCCCCCCCCCAGGGAGGGAGGUGGGGAGUGGGGGACAUGGAGAGCUGAGGCAGCCUUGUCUCCCUGCAGCCUGGUAACGCCAGCCUUCAGGUGUCUGAAGUCUCCACGCCUGGACAACCUGACCUUGGAAAAUGCCGUCAAGUGUUUCAAGCAGCACUGACGGCGCUGGGCCUGCCCCAGCACAAUGUGGGGACUGGGGACUCAGCCCCCUCCUGUCCUUCUGGAGCUGGGCAGCUGCUGCCUUAGGUCCCUCUCCACCCCGAACUCAGCCCGAGCUGGCCCGGGCCAGGAGGGUGGGAAUGCGGGUGGGCUCCACUCAGCAUCAGCACCUGGGCAGGUCCAUGGAGCUCUGGGGUGCAGUGAUUAAAGUCCCUGAUGUUUCUU